AUGAGAAGGUUUCUCGUUUUCCUAGUACUGAUCGGAGUUGGCCAAUCGACGGCAAAGCUGAACCGAUUGCAACUGCACAGGCAGAGCAACUUCACCAAGACCCAUGGAAACGUGAAGGCUGAGAAGACGCUGCUGGCUGCGAAGUACGUGCUCGAGGCCCCUACAACAAGCUCGGCGCCCACCGAAACACUGAACAAUUACGUAAACAUGGAGUACUACGGUAUGAUUGGUAUAGGAACCCCGGAGCAAAGCUUCAACAUUCUUUUCGAUACGGGAUCGUGCCAAGCGCCAAGUGCAGAAGCAGCAACGAGGCUUGCCAAACUCACCUAUGUGGCCAAUGGGACGAGUUUUAGCAUCUACUACGGAACUGGCAGCCUCACGGGCUUCCUCUCCACGGAUAUAUUUUGGGUGGCAGGGAUGAAGAUCUAAGGGCAGACAUUCGCUGAGGCAAUCAAGGAGCCGUGGUACGGCAUCAUGGGACUGGAAUUCAAGUCGAUUGCCGUAGACGACGUGACCCCGCCAUUCGACAACAUGAUCGCGCAGGGCCUUCAAGAUGAACCUGUCAUCUCCUUCUAUCUGAACCGUCAGGGACCCGCACUGCAAGGCGGUGAGCUCAUCCUGGGCGGGGGAAUCGACCCCAGCCUCUAUACAGGGACUCUAACCUACGUCCCAGUCUCGAAGGCCGGUUAUUGGCUCGCUAUCUUUACCCUGGCACCGAAUGACUACAUCGUCAAGUUAACGGAGGCCGGUAAAACCCGUUGCAUGUCCAGCUUUACCUACAUGUCAGGAAACAAACUUUGGAUUCUCGGCGACCUUUUUAUCGGCAAGUUCAAUACGGUCUUCGAUAAGGGUACAAGGAUUGGAUUUGCUAGAGUAGCUUCGUAUUCAUAUUUACAUUAUUAA